AUGUUACCUUCAAAGUCACAUCAUCUUUCAGGGAUCAUCUAUAGGGACUUGAAACUAGAGAAUAUAUUACUUCAAAUAGAUGGACAUGUUUAUAGAGUGACUUUGAUUUAUCAUUCAGAACUCAGUGUUAUAAAACAUCCUAAACUUAAAAGAAGAAAAUCUAGAAGCCAACCACCACCAACAUUUUUUGCAGAACCUUCUACACAAUCAAAUUCAUUUGUUGGGACUGAAGAAUACAUUUCUCCGGAAGUCAUAACAGGAGCUGGCCACUCCAGUGCUAUUGAUUGGUGGGCAGUGGUGCCCGCUUCUUCACUUUUUGCUCUAGAGCUUCUCUCUACAAACCCUAAGACAUUACCACCUCCCUUCUCUCUAGGACGUGCUAGGGUACAGAAAUCAUCUCUUGCGGCUGAACAUGCGGUGGCCAAAAACUUCGACACCGCUAUACGGCUGCUCAACCGCCAGCUUGGCAUAAAGAACUUCACACUGUUGAAAUCGCUAUUUCUUGAUCUUCACAUGGGGAGUGAUGCUUUCUUGCGUGCUUUCUCUUCGUCUCCAUUGAUCUCAUUGGCUAUUGAGCGUGGCUGGAGUGAGUCAGCAAGCCCUAACGUCUGGGCCCCACCUGCACUCGUGUUCAAUUUCUCUCAGUUAGAAGAAAAACUCAAAGCUAGCUAG